ACAGCGCCGUUAGCUGCUGACGGCUAACGGCGGUUAACUCAGCUAAAGUAGCAGCUGCUAGCAGCCGACGCUAACAUUAGCUGAAGAGUCGGAACCAGGAGCUACGAAGUUCAACCAAACUACAUCAGAACCGUGUUUCAGAAGUUCUGACCCAGACGCCAUGGAUGAUGGACCCGAUCCUGGAUCCGAUCCCAACGAAGACCGGAACCGUCAGUCGGUCCAGAGCAGGAAGAAAGAGUCCAGAGCCUCCUCUGGACAGAAACACCAGAAGAACCUUCAGGACAACAUCCACAGUGACGAUGAAAAAGGCGCCAGGUCCAGAACCAGAACCUGGCACUCUGACCCGGAUCAGGACCGAGUGUCGGACGGUUCCUUUUAUUCUGAGGAUUACGAGAACGAAUCUCCUUCAGAACGUUCCUUCUCUCCAUACUCUCGGUCCAGAACCCCGUCCCCGAGUCCUCACAGAACUCUGAGAACCAAGAAGGUCUCCAGCAGCCCGCUGUACCGCACAGGUGUAGCAGGCCUUCACGGCAGGCUCCGCCCCCAGCGACUGGCCCAGCCAAUGAUCCAGCAGCAGCGCCGAGGGCAGCGGUCUCAGAGUAAAGAGUCCUCUCCGCCCAAAGAUUUGGACCUGGUGACCAAACGGAUGCUGUCGGCUCGACUGCUGAAGAUCAACGAGCUGAGGAACGCUUUGGCUGAACUCCAGCAGAGAACCAACAACCUGCAGAAGGAGAACCAGGUCCUCAGACAGCUUCAGGUGCGUCAGGAGAAAGCUCUGCAGCGAUACGACAACACCGAGAGCGAGAUCUCCCAGCUGCUGACGCGUCACUCCAAUGAGACGCAGGUUCUGCGAGAACGACUGCGACGGACGCAGGAACGAGAGCGGCUGGCUGAGCGGCGGCUGAAGGACGGCGAGGAGCAGCUGCAGAGGAAUCAGGUGACCAUCAGCCGGCUGAAGAAGCUGGUGGACCAGAGAGACCUGAGGAGCAGAGAGGAGCUGAGCAGGAGCCUGGAGGACGAGAAGGUCCGAGUCCAGGAGGCACAACGAAGGAUCCGGGAGUUGGAGCGCGGUGUGGAGCUGAGCAGCAGCAGCUUCCAGAGGCAGCUGGUAGUGGAGAAGAAGAAGAACCUGAACCUUCAGGAGGAGAUCAGGAGUCUGCAGGAGGAACUCCAGCGACUCAGCAGGAGACUGAAGGAGAAGGAGAAGGAGCUGGACACCAUGAACAUCUACGCCAACAGGAUGAUGAAACCCUCAGUGAGGAAAGAAGCCGACAGCAGCACAAAGAGAAGUUCCAGCAGUAAAGCGGUCCAGACUGAGGACCGGGUCUCCAGUGGUGGGUUCCCUUCACCUCCUCCAGAUGUUACCAGAGAACAGACACCUGAUGGGUACCUGACGCUGAAGGUGAGAACCUCCUCAUCGUCAUCUUCAUCUUCUGAUCACAUCACACCCACCUGCCUCCAUCUGCAGGAGCUGGACCUCCAGAACACUCCUGCAGAACCACAACACACAACGCAGAACUGUGGAGAACCCAGCAGGAACCAGAACCAGCAGCAGAACCAGAACCAGCAGCAGAACCAGCAUCAGAGUGGAGACCAGCUGAGGACCGUCUUUGAGGACUCAGACCGGCUGGACUUUCUGCUGACCCACAAGGACCAGGACUCCUCCAGGAGGCGGGGCCAUGUCCAGGUGGAGGUGGACAGGUGGAACCAGGAGGUUCUGGCCAAUCAGCAGGCAGCAGAGGAGGCGAGGUGCAGGAAGGAGCAGCUGUUGGCCAAGAUGAGGGAGAUAGACAAGCAGAACCACGGAGCAGAGAACCUCCUGUUUGAGUCCAGCCGAGCUGCUGAGGAACAUCUGAAGGAACAUCCGAGUCCUCGACCUCCUGAGAAGAACCGUCAGAUCUUCAGCGUGCCGGACCCCGAGGACUGGGCUGGGCUAAGGACUAGGAGGAGAAUGUCCAGACCUCAUAGCUCCAGUGAAGAUCUGGCCUUUGGAGGCUACGCUCCUUCAUUUGGACUCUCGGCGUCCAGAAGCUCCUCCGGCUUCCCUCCACCUCCCACAGAGGAUGGAGGUUCUCCAGCAGGGUUCCUCCUCAGGGGAGAAGAACCUGAUGGAGCGACUGUGAAGGACAAGAAGUCCAGCCUGAUGCAGCAGCUGUUUGGCCUGCAGAUGUCCGACAGCAGAACCGACGUGGUCCUCACCCCUCCGUCCAACGGACCACGGCCCAGAAGAGAAGCUUCGUCCGUCCUGCAGGUGAGCCGACCUGCCGUCAGAGCUGUGGCCUCCUUCGACGAAGACCUGGAGGAGCUGACGCUGUAGAGAACCUGGAACCCACCAGCAGUAGGCCAGAAGAACCACACUGAACCCCAGUAUGUUGAAGUCACCACCGAUAAUAGUUGUUGAGUUAGCAGAUAAGUCUGCUAAGUGAGAGAAAACAGUGUGAAAGAAUGCUGGAUCGUCAUUAUUCGGAGCAUAGAGGUUUACAAUAGAAUAUAAUUUAUUAAAGAUUGUUGCCUGGAUAAUAAUAUAUCUGCCCUCUGAGUCCGUUACAGUACUGUUUAAAGUGAAUGGUAUUCUCUUAUGGACUAGAAUGGAGACCCCUCUUUGUCUGCUGUUAUAACAAGAUGAAAAGAUAAUACUAUAAUUCGAAUCUGAUAAAGAUUUUUCUUCCGACUGUAGUAAAUGCGUUUCUUGGAGGAGCAAAAUAUCUGCUUUUAAUUUAGAGACAUAGUCCAUGAUUUUAACUCUUUUUGUUUGUGAGCGUAUGACAUUAACAUUCCAGGCUACGAUAUUAAACUUGAACAUAGAGAGAGAAGAUGUUCUGUCACUGAGUAUGUAGUAAUGUAAUAUAACAUCUGUGUGUGUCCUUGUGA